AUGGGUUCCUGUGUAUCCUCCAAAAGCUAUACAAAAGACACAAAAAGCUCUAGCAAAAAAGAAGAAAAAGAAAAGAAAAGCAUUGCAAAGGAAAAACGAAUUGUAAUAGCUAAGAAAAUCAAAAAUGCGCCUAUCCUCAAACUUGAAGAUAAUGAGCUUUAUGCGAAAAGGAAAAAGCCAUAUUUAGCCAGUCGUGUAAAAAGCGAACUCAGCACAGAACUUUGUGCAGAGCUUACAAAAAUCAGCACAGCUUGUUUUAAUGACAAGGUGUCCCCUUUAUGUAUUUAA